AUGAUCGGCUCUCUGGCAUGUCCUUACCCGCUCAAGAGCAUCACUGACGCCGAGCUACAGAAGCUCGCCCAAGCACUCUGGAACUGGAACAUUUGCGAGGCGUGUCAGAAUGUCGAGACCUGUACAAACUCGGGAUGCUCAUGGAGGCGCUCAGCUCGGUUAGAGCGCUUCUUUGACUUUUACAAAUAUGUCACGUCGUCCUAUGUCCCAGAUUUGCUGCCUGCCAGCACCCCGGCGUUACGCAACCAUGAAGACGUUUUCGAUAUCAUCAGGUUACUCCAGGCUCAUCCCGAUACGAAGCGCUUAGAGUUGACGCAUGAAUACUUCUCUAAGCGGGAUAAACCACCUCCGCCCAGUGAUCAGCAUUGGGCAUUCAACCUUGCCGUACAAGUCAUGUCCAUGGUCAAAUGUUCAGCCGAAAAUCAACCCUCCAGUCUGCUAGAACUCGGCACCCAGGCAACCCAGUGGCAUUUUGAUGAGUCGCUGGCUGAAUUCCUAUCAAGAGCGUUUCCGCAAAAGGAUACAGGCAAUCUCCAUAUUCACGAUGACUCGGGCGAGAUUAGAGAUAUAAAAUCGACCUUAACAGCCAGACGUCUGAAGAAGGUUGCAGGGCUGAGGUUUCAAGGGACUGAUGACCUGCGAAAUCAUCUGAGGAUGGACGUCAAAAGGGGAGUUGUGGAGAUUUACCAUUACACAAGCGUUUUAAGAGAGCAUUUGGCGGCGCCGCAGAAGUUGCACGAUUCUUUAGUCUUUGAGGACUCCAUCUCGGUAUAUGAUACGGGUUUUGACGAAGCCUGUAACCCUCAAAAGACAGGUACUAAUUGCCUCAAUCUCAGAGGAAAUAUUCCUAGACAGAUCGCCCUCGAAGCUCUGGACUCAAUACAAAAGAUCCUCUUUCCCUUUGACUCAGAUUCAGAGCAGAUUCUUUAUGACCUGGUAUCCAAAGAAUCCUUCGACCCCGAUUGUCUGCGAUAUGAUUCGGCCGUGUAUCGAAGGGAAGGUGAAGAAGCUGCAUCUUACAACUACUUCGGCGGGCGACUCGUGGACCUAUUCAAGGAGCUGGAGGAUCCUAGCCCCCGCGGCAUCCUGGAGAAAUGGCUUCAGCGCAAAAGCGGCGCUAGGUAUAUGAUGAUGGCGACGCUCGUUGGCGUUAUUAUAGCGAUUAUUCUGGGUGUUCUCGGCUUGGCUGUUGGGGUAUUCCAGGCUUGGGUGUCGUACGAAGCUUGGAAACAUCCUGUGAGUUCUGGGAACUAA